AUGCCGCCGGUUCCUGCAUCCAUACCGCGACUGUUGCAACGACAGGCGCAGUCAAUCCUACAGACGAACAGCCCUUCCCUAGCUCUAAUCCGUUCUCUGCGACAACCAUCGCAGCAGACGCGCACGAUUCUGUCACAGCAGUGCUCUCGGUCAACAAGAACAGGCGGUCAGGUCAGGGCGCAACGGCCUUCGAGAUACGUCAACAGGCCGCAUAAUCAGCCAAAAAACACUUUCUUCCAACAACGCUUUUCAUCAACGAGUGCGAAUGCGAGCAGCCAGCAGACCCAAACACAACCACAGUCCCUUUCGCAGCGCCUAAAAAAUCUCACUCGCGAAUACGGCUGGUCGGCGCUAGGCGUUUAUUUGACGCUUUCAGCGCUGGAUUUUCCUUUCUGUUUUGCGGCAGUUAGGCUACUGGGUGUUGAGCGGAUUGGGCAUUAUGAGCAUCUGAUCAUUGAGAAGGUUAAACAACUCUACUAUUCUGUGGUACCUCUUGAAAGACAUACGGAAGGGGAAAUUGAGGGUCGGCAGCAGCAUGCGGAGGGUGAACAUAUUACCGACGAAGGAGCCAGCAUAUGGACUCAACUCGCCUUAGCAUACGCAAUUCACAAGAGCUUGCUCAUCUUUAUCCGAGUGCCGCUCACCGUCGCUGUGACUCCCAAGGUCGUUAAAACCCUAAGAAGUUGGGGAUGGAAUAUUGGCAAAAAAACUCCUAAGAAUCCCAACUGA